GUCAGUUUAGUUACCGCACCACAUAAGGCAUUGCGUUGUAGACACCGUUACCCGCAAUAUUAUUAUUAUACCUUAUUACUUAUACUUGUAUUCAUUAAUUGGUUAAUUCAUUCAUUCGUUAUAUAUAUAUUUAUAUAUAUAUAUUCGUUAUCGUACGUUGAACCCUUCCCGAAGACAGCUGAGACUUAACAAAAAUUAAAUCACACCACCAACAAUUAAAUAAUUACUUACACAUCAUACCAACCAUUACUAUCACAAUCACACAGUAACAAUUAUUUUAUAUAAAUUAAGUCUCUUAAUCCCUCUCGCGAGUUCCCUUCCUACCCCACCAAAGUAUCCUAAAAAAGUUGUUAAAAUUACUUAUUAAAUUAAACUAAAAAUAAAUGCAACAGAAUUAUAAUUUCAAUUUUUUCUGUUUGUUAAAAACUGUUUUUUAUUAAUUAAUAAUACUUUCGGGAGUUAUAAUUUUGACAAACGGUGCUUGAGAUGAGACUUUUAUAAAAACAUAAAUUAAUAUAUUAAUAUCAGUUGUUUAAAAUAAUUAAAAAUAUAUCUACCUACAACUGGAAGAUUUCAUUGGAUUUAAUGAAUACUUAGUUAAUUUUUAAUAAUUAGUACAUACUAUUUAUUUUUGACGAAACGUUAUUAUUUAACAAUUAAUAAUAUUUAUAACCCAUCACUGCGUUUUGUUCUGCGCUAGUCAGCAUCCUCCAACCACUGAUUUUCAUCGUUAACCGGUGAAGAUGAAGAUGACGGACAUUGCUCUGGGAAAAUCGAUACUUGGAGAUGGAUACUGUUGUUGUUGUUGUUAUUAUUAUUAUUACUGCUACUCUGUAAAACAUUGUAAGGAAAAGAAAGAAAAUGGAUAAUGUAGGAAUGAGUUUUAGUUUGAGUAUUGAAAGAAUAAACGGAAGAUGAUGUGGAGAAAUAAUGUUUCGCGACGCAUCGGGGUCGGCAACCCCACAUUUUCCAUUCCCUAUUCCCCAAGCAUUGUCUCAAGGGACGAUGGGUAUGGCCACGAGGGUGCGAGAUCAAGGGCAGUCCAAAUAUAUGAAAGGAGUCCAAAAUACUAACAUUUCGUACGUAGUUAUAGACGGCGUGUAUUAAAACGAGUGCAAUGAUGGCAAACGGAAUGGACACGGUUGUGCAACAGAAUGGAGGCUCGAACCUCGGUCAGUCCUCUCAAGAGGAGUCCAAGACGAAUCUUAUCGUCAACUACCUCCCACAGACGAUGACACAGGAGGAAAUUCGCUCUCUGUUCUCCAGCAUUGGAGAGGUCGAGAGUUGCAAGCUCAUCCGCGACAAAGUCACUGACUCCACUGCGGCUUUAUCGCUUGCCGGAGAUAUGUUAUCCCCGGGACAAUUUUCUUUUGGACAAAGUUUGGGGUAUGGAUUUGUUAAUUACCAUCGGCCAGAGGAUGCUGAGAAAGCGAUCAACACUCUAAAUGGUCUUCGACUACAAAAUAAAACAAUCAAGGUGUCGUACGCAAGGCCGAGUAGCGAAGCAAUUAAGGGUGCUAAUUUGUACGUGAGCGGUUUACCAAAAAAUAUGGCGCAGCAGGACCUCGAAAACUUGUUCAGUCCUUACGGAAGAAUAAUAACGUCGCGAAUCCUUUGCGAUAACAUCACUGUACGACAGUUUGUGACUGGCGGUGGAGACAAUUUACCCGGCCUUUCGAAAGGUGUCGGCUUCAUAAGAUUCGACCAACGUGUGGAGGCUGAGCGCGCGAUCCAGGAGCUCAACGGGACCAUCCCGAAGGGGUCAACCGAGCCGAUCACUGUCAAGUUCGCCAACAACCCGAGCAACAACAACAAGGCCAUUCCACCGAUCGCAGCCUACCUGGCGCCACAAGCGAGUCGCCGUUUCGGCGGCCCUAUCCACCAUCCGACCGGCCGCUUCAGGUACAUUCCACUGUCGCCACUAUCCAGCACUGGCAAGGCCAUGCUUGCCAUUAACAAAGGCUUACAGAGUAGGUACAGUCCCUUGGCAGGAGACCUUUUGACGAACUCGAUGCUACCAGGGAACCCAAUAAACGGUAGCGGAUGGUGCAUCUUCGUGUACAACCUAGCUCCAGAGACCGAAGAAAACGUACUCUGGCAAUUAUUCGGACCAUUUGGCGCCGUACAGUCCGUAAAAGUGAUCCGCGAUCUUCAAACCAACAAGUGCAAGGGCUUCGGGUUCGUCACCAUGACGAACUACGAGGAAGCAGUAGUCGCAAUUCAGAGCCUGAACGGCUAUAAUCUGGGCACCCGCGUGCUCCAAGUAAGUUUCAAGACCAACAAGAGCAAGACGGCGUAGGACCCGGGUCACCGUCAGUAUCAGCAUCAAAGUCUAAAUCACAAUCAUCAGCACACCAAUAACAACACCAUCAGCAGUAUAAACAUUAACAACAUCAAUAUCAUGAACCAACAACAAAAUUUAAUCUCUUUGGCCUUCUCCGAGAGUAAAUUACGCCGGCAGUUCGACUUGGUAAACGCCUACUGGGGCGACAACAAUUUAGGGCGUAAUUGUCGGUAUAUUGAUCCGCUUCUUACAGCGUCACAAUUGGUCACAAUACAUCUUCAUCAGCAGUUGCAUAAUAAAAGAAAUAAUAUUAUUAUUAACAACAACAACAACAACAACAACAACAAAAAUAAUAAUAAUAAAAACAGCAAAAAAAAUAAUCAGAAUGUCGGCUUGCUUUAUUCUAAAAGCAAGCCCUUAGGGACAGCACAAGCCAGUAAAAAAGUCCAACAGCAAUUACUGAGGACGAAUUAAUAAGGUGUAAUUUAUUUGGAUAAAAAUUAUGAUAAUUAUUUAUUAAUUAUCAAGUAUUAGGUGUGAAUGAUUGUAAUUUAUUUAUUUUUUUCUCUUUUUUUAAAACGGUUUGAGCGUAUGCUUAGGAGUUUAUCUAAUUGAUCCAGAGUUAAUAAAUGGUACUCAAUUAUUAAUUAUUGAUAAAAAUAAAGAGUAUCAUUUAUAAAGAUAAUCAGCAUUGCUAACAUCGGGUAUGGAAAAAAAAAUUUUCAAUUAAUUAAAUUGAUGGAUUAAAGUUAAAUUAUGUGUAUGUAAGAUAAUGAGAAUGCUAUAGAAAAAUAAUAAACGCGUGCUGUGAGUCUUGGACUGUGAGUACUGAGAAUAAUGGG